AUGCCGCGUGGCCUCUGUUUUGCCUUGACCCUUCUCGGGGUCCUCACAGCCGAGGCUUCACUCGUGGAUGUGCUGACCAAGGUGAAAACCUUCCGCAGCGCCGGAGUGGAUCUUUUCAGUGGUUUGGCAAGGGAGCUGAAGACCAGAAAGGAGGACUCCUCCUCGAAGAAGGCCGAAGACUUCAACGACAAUUGGCUCAGCGUGCUCGGCGUGCAGAAGGGCCUCACGGGGCUGGCCAAGGAUUUCACAUUGAACUACCUCGGCAGAGAAAGCUACCAUGAUCGCAACGGCCCACUUGUCGACGCCCUCAAGCAGGUGUCAUCAAUGCUGGGUGAUGGCUUGGAUGAGGACGAGCUUAGCAGCCUGCUUCGCCAGAUGAAGAAGGUCUGCUUCGAGGGGAAGCGCGUCUUCGCGUCAGGAGGCUCUCUCCACGAGAUGCUGUCCGACCUCCUGGAACUCCUGGAGUCAAAGGGCAUACAAGAGGCGCUUCCGCAUGUGCUGGGCGCGAGCUCGCAGCUGAAGGAGGCGCUGAACUACUUCUCUGGUCCCCGAGUUGCCAAUGAGGAGCUUUAG